UAGAGAGUGCCCGAAACACGUAUCCUCCCCAGCGUUUUAAAAUGUAUUCCGUCACGGUUGGAUUAACAAAGCUGGUAUAGUGCGGAUAAUUCUAUCAAAAUAAGUCCAGGUGAAAUGAUAAGUUUACGUAAACUGCCUUUUUGGGAAAAAUUUUCGUUCGGCAGACCAGGUCUAAAUGCACUUUUUCAACCGAAUUCCUCAACACACAAUCCAUCGUAUGAUUACGAGUCUGACAAAGACUUCAACGUAGUUAUAACACCGGCACCAGAUUACGACGAUACAAGUUCGAAAAUUUCAAAACGUUUCAAACAAUUCUGGACUAUGAAGGGGAGAUCCAAAAACGCAAACAAAAGAACUAGUUAUUCUUACGAAUGCGAUGAUAAUGAAAAAUCACAAACACGUAGACGGGAUCACCAACGUACCCCUAAGCGACAUCAUAGGCAUUCUCAGCAGCAAGAUGAAGAUCAAUCAGAUGAUUCCGAUUGGAGUCUUUCGAGUACAUCGACUCACAACACAAUGGAUUAUAGGAAGGUAGAAAAGAGGCAUAGGAGAAGGCACAAGUCAUCUUCAGGCGAGAAACAGGAACGAAAAUCGGGAUCGCGGUCUUCUAGGAAACACGAGAGAGAUUUUGAGUCUCCUAGCUGUGACAGGAGACAUAGGCGGGACAUACCUUUGCCAAGGAAACAAGAAAAAACAUCCAACCGAAGAAAGCGAAAAGUUAAAUGCAGCUCAGACAUGGACUAUAAACGAGGGAGGCAUUCCACAGACUGGGACAGCUGCGCUUCAGACAGUUCUCAUGAGAGAAUGCAGGCUAAAUUAACGCGGAAUAGGAAACAAGUCAAACCGAAGAAAGGUAAGAAAAUGGCCGUGUCUGAUACUGAUGAUAAUUGGACAAUACGUCAAAAAAGGGGCAACCAAUCUGACGGCGUGAUGUUAAAAAUAUCAAUGAAUGAUUUGAGAAAUGUCAUAACAGAAAAUGUUCUAUCGGCGGUCAAGCAGGGUAUGGACGACGAUCGGACGAAUCAGACCGUACGGCAUGUCUCACCGGAAGUACUCACCACUGACACAGAGACGCUCCACAGUGGAUUUUCCGCAGGAAGUUGCAACUCUACUGAAGCAUUAUUACCUAUUAUAUCCGGAAGGCGAAUGUCAUCUGCUUUUCAUCCUGUUCCACAAAGACAAUCCGGGAUGUUGAAGCGGUUUAUACCCGUACAAUCACCCGCGACUUCUGAUAACACGGGACAGAGUCGCAAUAGCUCUGUGACUACAAUUAAGAGUUACCUCUCCAGCAGCACGACCGACCCAGUCGACAUGGCAGUAGGAAGCAAGACCACUGCUCACGGAGGGGCCUUCGGGACGGCGACUGCACACUAUGACCGUCUAGAAGACAAGCUAAUGAUGCAGACUAACGCCCUGCGAGGGCGCCACGUGCGAGAGCCUACUGUGAUGAUGUACGAUGAUGACGUAACACAGGAAACGAUACCUCACAAUCCAAUCCCUACCCAAAGUAAACACAGUUAUUUCCAGGACGGACAGCCAUACGAGGACAGUUUGUCGCCGAGGCUUUCCGUGGAUCUACCAUGUGAACCUGUGAAAGGAUCCUGUCUUUUACAGGAUUCUAACGGUCGUAGAAUGAGCGGUGUGACAUUAAACACUUCACAGAGAGGAUCAUUUAGCAGCAGUGAAUCAGACAUCAGACAAAGGAGAGGUUCGUUACAUCCUGAUUUUGAUAGUGCUCUUCCUACCAACUGUAACGAUCACAGAAAUUCUCGAAGACAGAGUUUGUGUGGGGACAUUGGCCCUCUUCACAUAACAGACAACGCCGUCCCUAAUCCAGCGUACUUGUCUCGUAGGCGUCAGUCAUUACCCGUCAACCUUACUAGUUACCCAUACACUGAUCUGGCGUCCAUUGGAAUGAACGCUUUAAUUGCUGCAACGGACUCUAAAGUACAAGCCGCUUUAAAAGAGAAGCCACAAACUGAGAAAUGUCUGUCGACGGUCCAAGAAGAAAGUACAGAUUCAAUAGAAGAAAGACCAUCCAAAGCUGAUCCACCACAGAAAGUUAUCACCAAACCAAGUGCUGAACUCUUAAAGAAUAUAAAGGAGACUGAAAAGGAGAAGAGAAAGGUCAAAGUGUCGAAGAUACUGGCUCUUCUUUCUAGUAUCCUGGUUUUGUUGGCCGGCGUUGGUGUGUUGGGCUUGGGAAUUCUCAACAUGAUGGACGGAGAAGCCCAGAUGUACGUCGCUGUUACAAAGAAGAACCCUAAAGACAACAACUUCCAGUACUAUUGCUACGGUCUCUGCUUCAUAGGGGCGUCUGUAGUUCUCGUCUGUGUAUGCAGUUGUGUGGGAGCCUUAAAAGUGAAGACAUGUCUGCUCAAAAUGGUUAUACUAGGACUGGUGCUGAUGCUGACUCUCCAGGUUGUCAUGGUAGCCAUGGUUGUGGUAUCACAGAAGGAUAUGCCAUCUGUUCCUCUCAUGGCGGCUGUCAUGGAUGGAGUGAAAGACGUGGUGACGGAUCACUUGAAGACGAGUCUACGAAUUAACUACAAAACCGACACAUUGCUGGCUCGAGCUUGGGACCAGCUGCAGGUCCAGAUGGAGUGUUGUGGCUGUCAGAAUCAGGAUGACUACAAAUAUAGUGCUUGGUGGAACGCCACAUCAGACUCGAAGACAAAGAUGCCGGACAGUUGCUGUAUAGUGGCUGUUAAGGACCUUGAUGACCUCAAACCUACAAAUAAGUUUCUCUGUCAAUCAAUGACGCCAGGUUUCUGGCAUGAAACGGGCUGCCAUGAUAUUCUCAUGGUUUGGUACAAACAAAACAGUGUGAUGGCGUUCGGGGCCACGACGGGUUUAGCUGCCCUAGAGAUUGUAGGCCUGUUUUGUACUGUCAGGCUGUACAGGAUUCUGUCACGGAAAACGACGACAAACAGUUCAGGCAGUGUUUAAACCCAGUCAGUCUGUGGCACUAUAACAUAGAAUUAACACAGAAUCAGUGGUUAAUUGUGUUAUCUUAAUCAUCGCUCUGAAUCGCUACUACCAGAAUCACUUGAUUGUAUAAUAAAUAAUUACUUUAUUUUUGUAAUAAUUCAUCAUCAUCAUCAUCAUCAUCACCAUCGUUACUUUUUUUAUGCUGAACUAAUAAAAUAUGUGAACCCUUUA